CCAACCCCAGCAACCCACUCAUUCUGUUUACUUAGCUAUUGCUCCUGAAAAACAGCUAAAACCCUGUCAGGCAUUCCUUUUCCAUUUGGUUUUUAAAGAGCCUUCUAAUUCAGGGGGCCUUUUUUUGUCCAAUUAUGAAACCUUUCAUUGUACUAGCACUCUGCUGUAGUUUUUUCUCUAGCAGAGCCACCCCUCUUCCAUUUGAGUUUUUGGACUGUGAUGACCCUGAUGUCUUUAAAGCUGUUGACACAGCACUGAAGAAAUACAAUGGAGACAGAGCAACUGGUAAUCAAUUUGCUCUAUACAUGGUGAUGGAAGCCAAGAGAACUACAGGUCCUGACACACAAUUCUAUAUGAAAUAUCGAAUACAUGAAACCACUUGUGCCGCUGAAGAAAAUAAACUGUGGCAAGACUGUGAUUACAAAGUACCUGCAGAAGCUAAAACAGGAGAAUGCACAGCUCAAGUUCACAUGAAUAACACUGAAAAAACAAGUAAUGUUUUGCAAGAUUGCAAAAUUUUUCCAGCUACGCCAAAGAUAACACUUACUGAGGCUACCUGUCUUGGAUGCUUCCAUCCUAUACCAAGCGACAGUUCAGAAGUGUCAGAAAUUCUGAAACAAGCUGUUCAAAAGUUUAACAGGCACAGCGCUGAACUCGCCCUUUUUAAGCUGGUGGAAAUAAAAGAAGCUAAAAGACAGGUGGUAGCUGGAUGGAAUUACAUAAUUAAAUAUGAAAUCGAGGAGACUAAUUGCUCCAAAGACCAAUUUCAAGAUUUAACUCCAGAGUGCAAAACUACUUCUAGAGGUCGUGUAGGUAAAUGUGAUGCCAAAGCAUAUCAAAAUCUUCACGCAGAGAUCAUAGACAUUGCAAGCCAAUGCAAGCUUCCAGUUGAGGACACGGUAAAUCCUGCCACUUGCAGUGGUUGUCCGAAGACUAUCCCAAAAGACAGUCCAGAACUGAAGGAACUACUGAAGGUUUCUAUGGAGAAGUAUAAUUCAGAGAGCAAUGAUGAUUUCUACUAUAAAGGUGGAGAAAUAGAAGCAGCGACAGUUCAGGUGGUUGCAGGACAAAACUACCAUUUAGUAUUUGCAAUCUGGAAGACAAACUGCUCAAAGACAGAGUUCGAAAAAUUUAAUGAAGACUGUGAAGCCACAUCAGACAGUGCACCAUUGUCAUGUGAAGCACAAAUUUACGUGAUCCCAUGGGAGAAUAAAAUCUUUCCCCAGGUUAACUGCUCUAAAGAACGCUCAAUGACUGUACUUCUAAGAAGGCCUCCUGGAUUCACACCCUUCCGAAGCUUUGCUACGCUAGACCAGCCAAAUGAAAUUUCACUCUCUGAUAAAAAUGAAGAAGAAAGACCUGGCAAAGAAAUCAGAAAAGAUGGUGGACAGGAACCAGAAGGUGAAGGUGAACAUGAGCAUAAACACAGGCAUAAACAUGGGCAUAAACACAGGCAUGGAUAUAAAAAGGAUCAUGAGUCUGACAAAAGGCAUAGGCAUGAAAUUGGUUGUGGGCACAGAACUGGCCAUGGGUGUGGGCAUAAAAAACACAGUAAAAAUAGUAAACAUAAACACCCAACCCCCAAAUCUUCUCAGGAGUCCAAUGAAAGGGUUUUUAAUCAAAACAAAACCCUCCCAUCAUACAGUGCUGAAACAGCAUCAGAGCUAGUUAAUCCAGGGGUUGCAAGAAAGGAAACCAGUACACCUGCAGAACCACUAACUCUUCCUGAUACAUCUUUAUUUAAUGUGUUGCCAGGUCGCCCAGAAUCUCUUCUCCCCAAAUGUCCUGGAAAGCCAUGGAAACAAAUCAUGGACCUUCCAGCUCCUUCUGGUUUUCCCAGAGAAUUCACAAAUGAGGAUCUCUUGCCUUCUGCAGUAGAAAACAUCAAUCCAGUAACAGAAAGCUCAACACCUCACCAAAACAAAGACUUUGAUAUCUCAGAUGCUUUACUAUAAUUCAAAUAUCAUAGGAUCCUUUUCAGAAAUUAUACAUAGAAAAAUAAGAAAAAUAUUGCCUUUUGAAAUGUAUAAAAUAGGAAGAGGCAAAAGCUCCUAUUCUGUUAGCUAAGAUACUCAGGUAGGUCAGCAGCACUUCAGGGGACCUAAGACCAUAUGGCAAUGCUCUGUAUUUGCAUAUAUUUGCAAAGAUGUAAAUCAGGCAAUGGCACCAAUGAUUCAGAACCAGGCUAGUAAAGGGACCAGGCAAGUCAACAGCCUUCUGCUGCAGAAGUUAAAAUUGUAUCUCAUCUGCCUCAAGUUGCUAUAAGCACAAAGUGAAUCACUGCAUCAAAUCUCACUGUGUUAUGUUUAAAAUAAUGGCACAAAAAAUUUCGCAGAUUACAUGAAGAAUCUCAACCAAAUAUGUGUAAGACAAAAGCUGGCCAAUAUAGAGCAAGGAUGCCUUUCUUAGAUAUCUGAAAUAAUAUUUCUCUAAUUUACUGGAGUGAAUCUUUUAAAGAACAAAAUAAAAUAAAGGAACCAGUUUUACCUGCCAAUUUCUUUAAACAAGUUAAUAUUACCACCAGCCUAUCACUAGCAGGUUGUUCUGUUGAAUGAGAUAGCAGGGACAGCUGAGAGAAUUCUAAAUAAAGGAGGUUUAUUAUUCCCUACGCAUAUUAUGUUAACUACACAGUAGAAGCACUAUGACUGAGAGAUUUUCAUGUGGCAGAGGUGCACAAAUAUUACAGAUCAGAUGACAAAAUUGCAAACACUUGAGUUACCUAAAAUUUGUCUGCCUUCUUCCAUUAUUAGGUUGUGCAUAAUUUAGAGACUGGACUGAAUUUUCUAUUCUGGGUAACUUCCAAAUGUUAAGGUUUUGGUGGGAUACAUUAGCUAAAAAGCACCAGAUAUUUCUGGCAAAUUAAAAUGUUUUCCCUCUGUGUGGAUCCAAUAAUUUAUUCAGCUGAAAAAACACCCAGCAAUAAAUAAAUACUUCAAUGCCAGAUCAGUUCACCAGUUUGAACCACUACUUGGUCCCGUAAAAGGUUAUUGAAAGGGUAAGGUGCUACAAAUGGGAACACUUCACCAAUUUUGUUGUAAAAGACCACACUGCUUGAAACCACAGUAUAAGUAUCCUCCAACACAUCUGUAGAGACAAAAAGGAUAUUCUCUGAAAUUGUUCAUCCCAGCUGCUGGGAUUGCUGUGGCAUCAAGAUAAUAUACUCAACAGAUGGGAAUGUGUCCUUCUUUUGUGUACUAUGCUCCUAUUGCCUUCAACUCACAGGUGAGGAAGAACUAGAUAGAUGAAGACUACUUAGAGAACGCAAAACAGAUGGAUCAACAGGAUCAGGAGGUCUUGGCACAAAAGGUCCAGGAGGAUUGAAGGAGAAGAUAGCUACAAGGAAAGGUCAGAAGACAUAGAAGUGGAAAGGACAGAAGCAGGGUGGAACGACAUGGAUGGGGUGAAAGGAACGAAAGAGAACAGCAACUUAGUGGCAAAAAUGGAAAGAGAGUGAAUGGGAUGGAGAAGUGACAUGGUAGAGGUAGCAUCGCCAAGAAGCAAAAAAGGACAGGAACUGGAGAGGGGACAUAAGAGCAAAAAUAAAAAGCAAAAGACCUAUGCAGGAGGGUCUCUCCAAUCAUGACAGGAAAGUCCCCUAGACAUCACAGAACUGAACUCAUACUUCCCGAAUCUAAACAUUCCCUGACAGCAUAGGCACAUUUCCCCUCUCCAGUACCUGGUUCCUACAGAGGUAAACAACCUUCUGUGUUCAGUUACUUCCUCAGCUCAUGUGGUAGAUAACCACACUGUGAGUGAAAGAACUCAGCCCUGCUGAUAAUCCAUGUUGAGGGAGAAUCACUAUGAUUUUGCACGUGCAAUUUCUUUUUCUUCAUUUUUUCUAAUUGCAUUAAAAGCUGCAUUAAAAGCUACAUUAAAAUUAUAUUUUAAAAGCCAUAAAGUCCAAAAUUAGAAACUGUCCCUGUGAGUAUAAAUUCAGCCUGGUUAUGUGCAUCUAAACAUUUUUUUAACACAGUGUAACUGGCUGCCAUAUAGGCAUAUAUUAGAUAGAUAGAUAGAUAGAUAGAUAGAUAAUUGUCUCUCAUGACUGGUGAUAUAUAAUCAGAACCACUGUACUUCCUUUCUUUUUGAAAACAAAGUUACCAAUCUUUAAGAAGUCAUACAACUUAGCUGGAGCCCCAUUUUAAGGAAAGAUAAAAUAGUAGUAACUCCCGGAUCUACCACUAAUCAAAUCCUUCAUUUUUUUCUUUCAUUCCUUUCCUUGCAGGAUGAAAUGCAAAGUCUAUCUUUUCUUUUUAGCACAUGACAAGUGCUAAAGCAAAGUCUUGAGAGUUACCUUUAGUUGUUUGCUUCUUUUCUUUUUUUCUGAAUAUUGACUGGUAUGAUUUUGGCUAUUACUGGGAACUCUUUGUGUAUGCUCUAUUAUUAAAAGGAGUAUAAGCUCAAAACAGAUUUUCUUUAAAUUACUGUAGAAUUCAAGUAAUUAAUGCAAAAUUACAAUAAAAGAAAUAAAGAUGCAAAGAUGAGAAAAACAAA